CAUCGGAGAUGCACAGAAUUCCGAAGAACAGCUCAGAAAGUCGCAGAGCUUGGAGGAGCUGGGGGCGGGGGACAGGCAGGGGCCCGUGGCCCACGGAGGGGGCGCCUGUCCCUUCCAGGGGUCAGUCCCUCGGGCCUUCUCUCUGCAGCUUUCCCGGCGGAACGGAGGAGGGAAAGGGAGCCAGGAACUCAGUGAGGCGCGCGGGGCGGCUGAUGCUUCUAGGGGUUCUCUCAGCCCGAGGGGCUCCCGCCCUGUCUCCUACUCUGCACCCCUUGCCUUUGGAGCGGCUGCAGGAGCUCCAGGGGAGCGCUCCGGGAGGGCUGAGGGCAGGCGCCGGGAGAGCCCCCAACGACGCAGCGCCCCCCGCCCCGCCCCCUGCCCCAGCUCCCCACCCCUCCACCGACCCAGCGGCCCCCCCCGCUCCCCGCCUGCUCCCGGAGGCCACAGCCUCCCGCUCCGCUCACUCUCUCGCCGCUCCUGCCGGCUGGCCCGGCCCCGCGCUCCGCUGUCUCCUCACCGCCCGCGCCUCCGCCAGCCCCGGGGACCGCGCGGCCGGAGCCGGAGCCAGGGCCCCCUCCCUCGUCAGGGCCGGGGCAGCGAGCAGGCCGGGGGCAGGUCCGGGCACCCACCAUGCGGGGCGAGCUCUGGCUCCUGGUGCUGGUGUUCAGGGAGGCUGCCCGGGCGCUGAGCCCCCAGCCCGGAGCAGGUCACGAUGAGGGCCCAGGCUCUGGAUGGGCUGCCAAGGGGAUCGUACGGGGCUGGAACCGGAGAGCCCGAGAGAGCCCUGGGCAGGUGUCAGAGCCGGACAGGACCCAGCUGAGCCAGGACCUGGGUGGGGGCACCCUGGCCAUGGACACGCUGCCAGAUAACAGGACCAGGGUGGUGGAGGACAACCACAGUUAUUAUGUGUCCCGUCUCUAUGGCCCCAGUGAGCCCCGCAGCCGGCAACUGUGGGUAGAUGUGGCCGAGGCCAACCGGAGCCAAGUGAAGAUCCACACAAUACUCUCCAACACCCACCGGCAGGCUUCGAGGGUGGUCUUGUCCUUUGAUUUCCCUUUCUACGGGCAUCUUCUGCGGCAGAUCACCAUAGCAACUGGAGGCUUCAUCUUCAUGGGGGAUGUGAUCCAUCGGAUGCUCACAGCUACUCAGUAUGUGGCGCCCCUGAUGGCCAACUUCAACCCUGGCUACUCCGACAACUCCACAGUUGUGUACUUUGACAAUGGGACAGUCUUUGUGGUUCAGUGGGACCAUGUCUAUCUCCAAGGCUGGGAAGACAGGGGCAGUUUCACCUUCCAGGCAGCUCUGCACCGUGACGGCCGCAUUGUCUUCGGCUAUAAAGAGAUCCCUAUGUCUGUCCCGGAAAUCAGCUCCUCCCAGCAUCCUGUCAAAACCGGCCUAUCGGACGCCUUCAUGAUUCUCAAUCCAUCCCCGGAUGUGCCAGAAUCUCGGCGAAGGAGCAUCUUUGAAUACCACCGCAUAGAGCUGGACCCCAGCAAGAUCACCAGCAUGUCGGCCGUGGAGUUCACCCCAUUGCCGACCUGCCUACAGCAUAGGAGCUGUGACGCCUGCAUGUCCUCGGACCUGUCCUUCAACUGCAGCUGGUGCCAUGUCCUCCAGAGAUGCUCCAGUGGCUUUGACCGCUAUCGCCAGGAAUGGACGGACUAUGGCUGUGCACAGGAGGCAGAGGGCAGGACGUGCGAGGACUUCCAGGAUGAGUACCACAACUCGGCCUCCCCUGACACUUCCUUCAGCCCCUAUGAUGGAGACCUCACCACUACCUCCUCCUCCCUCUUCAUCGACAGCCUCACCACAGAAGAUGACACCAAGUCGAAUCCCUAUGCAGGAGGAGAUGGCCUUCAGAACAACCUGUCCCCCAAGACAAAGGGCACCCCUGUGCACCUGGGCACCAUCGUGGGCAUUGUGCUGGCAGUCCUCCUUGUGGCGGCCAUCAUCCUGGCUGGAAUUUACAUCAAUGGCCACCCCACAUCCAACGCUGCGCUCUUCUUCAUCGAGCGUAGACCUCACCACUGGCCAGCCAUGAAGUUUCGCAGCCACCCCGACCAUUCCACCUAUGCAGAGGUGGAGCCCUCGGGCCAUGAGAAGGAGGGCUUCAUGGAGGCUGAGCAGUGCUGAGAACACCAGGUCUCCCUUGUGAAGACUUUGAGACCACAGAAAAGACAGUUAAAGCAAAGAAGAGAAGUGACUUUUCCUGGCCUUUCCCAGCAUGCCCUGGGCUGAGAUGAGAUGGUGGUUUAUGGCUCCAGAGCUGCUGCUCGCUUCGUCAGCACGCCCCGGAUGUUGAAGAGGGGGCCAAAAAACAACCACAUGGAUUUUUUAUAGGAACAAUAAUCUAAUCUCAUCCUGUUUUGAUGCAAGGGUUCUCUUCUGGGUAUUGUAACCAUGAAACAGCAGAAGAACUAACAUAACUAACUCCAUUUUUGUUUAAGGGGCCUUUACCUAUUCCUGCACCUAGGCUAGGAUAACUUUAGAGCACUGAGAUAAAACGCAAAAACAGCAACCAUGCCAUUUGCAAAACUAACUCUGGGAUUAAAGGGGAAGCAUGUAAACAGCUAACUAUUUUUGUUAAAGAUUUAUAGGAACGAGGAGGAGGUUUGGCUGUUGUCACAUGAGAGACUGUUAGCCAACGACAAGGAAGUUCCGCAAACCUCCCCUGGACCCUUGCUGGUGUCCAGAUGUCUGCGGUUGUCAGCCCCUUCCUUUCCCCCUGACCUAAACAGAAAAGACAAGGCAAAACCCACAUAAUUUUAAGACAGUUCUUUAGGACAUUAGUCCACCAUCUUCUUGGUUUGCUGGCUCUCCGAAAUAAAAUACCUUUCCUUGCUCCAACUCCUUGUCUCUCAACGUAUUGGCUGUCACGCAGCAAGCAGAAUGAAUUUGGACUCAGUUACAGGCUGUCAAUGGUCUGCUCUGUAGCAGUCUCAGAGCCUCCUGACCUGGAGAUGGCCAGCCAGCCAGAUCCCCUGCUCCUGGCCACCUAAAGCCCCUGCAUAUGACACAGGUUAACUAAAGUCAAGACUGGGGCUGUUGCAUUCCAGGGUCCCUAGACUCAAGCUGGUCCUCAGCCGGGUGUGGUGGCUCACACCUGUAAUCCCAGCACUUUGUGAGGCUGAGGCAGGCGGAUCACCUGAGUUAGGAGUUUGAGAUCAGCCUGGCCAACAUAAUGAAACUGUCUCUACUAAAAAUACAAAAAAUUAGCUGGGUGUGGUGGCACUUGCCUGUAUCCCAGCUACUCAGGAAGCUGAGACACAAGAAUCACUUGAACCUGGGAGGCAGAGGUUGCAGUAAGCUCAGAUAGCGCCACCGCUCUCCAGCCUGGGUGACAGCAGAGCGAGACUCCGUCUCAAAAAAAAAAAAAAAAAAAAAAAAGGCUGAUCCUCAUGGCUAUAGAGUUGGCGUUUUAGCCCUGGCUUCUGUAGCUCUGAAAGCCUAAAGAAGGUGUUCUCUCCAUCUGUUAAACACAGUACAGCGGCUCUCAGCCCUUGGGGCAUGUUAUCAUGGGAAGGAAGUAAAAUAAGAGGAGAGAAAAGAACUCAAGGGGGAACUGCAUUUUAGGCUUUGCUCUCUUACCUUGCCCUUUCUGCUCAGAACCAGUAACUUCUGCAUCAAAACAUGUUACAGCCUGCAUCAAGUGCUUUACCCCAACCUGCGGCCCAGCUUUCCCUGAGCGAGCUUGCUAUGCGCAGCCACAUUUACCAUGAGGGGCUCCCUAUUCUGAUGGCCUGUUUGGUGCCGAGUUUAUUCACUGGCCUGUUCUGGUGUCAGUGCCUAUACAUACCUCCAAAGGCAGGACUUGCCUGAUAAAUAUUUUUCCUCCUCUGAACUGGAUUUUAUAGGCAUUAAAGACAAGUCGGGUGGCUCAAGGGCUCCUUGAGACAUACCUAGCAGGGAACUGCAGGUGGAUUCUGUUGAGCGGCAAAGCGCCUGAGUGGUUGGGACACAGGCAGCUGGCAUGGAAGGGAUGUUUUUUUGAGAAAGGGACUCACUGUGUCGCCCAGGGCAAGGAUGCCCAAAUACACCAGGUUGGGGAGGCACCUACCAACCACUUGCUUUCCCUGGAGCCCGCAUGUGUCUGUGGGGUGGGGAGGCCUAGGGUUCUACGGCUGCCUGGGAUGGGUGUGCAUAGUGUGUGAAGUACCUACCACCUUGCCUUGCUAGACUGUCAGUUGGUCGCAGGGCUGGCCACAAGACCCAUGUCUCCAUCUGGUCACACUCCAUAGCUACCCAGUUAACCUGCUCUAAACUUUGGAGAACUCCAGGAUCUGUCCAAGAAACGCUUAUCUGGCCAAGCAUGAUGGCUCGUGCCUGUACUCCCAGCACUUUGGGAGGCCAAGGUGGGAGGGUUGCUUGAGCCCAGGGGUUUGAGACCAGCUUGGGCAACAAUAACAACAAAAAUGCCAGGUGUAGUGGGGCGCACCUGUAGUCCCAGCUACUAGGGAGGCUGAGGCAGGAGGAUCACUUGAGCCUGGGAGGUUGGGCUGCAGUGGGUCAUAAUCAUCAUAAUCAUGCCACUGUACUCCAGCCUGGGCGACAGAGUGAGACCCUGUCUCCAAAAAAAAAAAAAAAAAAAAAAAAAAGAACAGAAAAAGAUAAUGCUUACAUUGUCAGGGAUCCUAUAGACAAUCAUCAUUAACUCUAUGAGAUGCUUGGUUCUAUUUUUUGGGAGACUUGGUCUAAGUGUUUUGGCUUGAGAAAUCUGUAGGCUUCUCUUGGUACUUUUUGUCAUAAACAAACAGGCCGUCUGCCGCCAAAUACCUCCACUCCCCAUGCCACUGACAUCCCAUGGGUCAGCCAGGCUUGCUUUGACUGAGGGCGAGGCAUCUGGCACUUUCUCUACCUGCAGGGGCUAGCAGCAGAAGCCUCUCUGCAUCACCACCCCUUCCUCCACUCCUGACAUUCUUUCCCUUCAGGGAUCUAACAUGGUUGGCCGAGCUCCCAGUGGGGAAACAUGUGCUAGAGUUAGGGAGUGGGACAAGUGGUGCUGUCCAUGGAAUCAGGCCACAACAGGAACUGGCCAUUUGAGACACACACAGGUGGUAGAUGCUUUGCUGGUGGGCUGUGCUUCCCUCAUCCAGAGAGCUCUGUUACAGCCCACUGUGUCCUUCAGAAGCUUGAAAGGAACCCAAAUCUUUGCUGCGCUGUCCUUUUUCUUCCUCUAAUUCAGACCCUCCUUCCACCAGCACCCCUCUACCUCCACCCUCAGCUCUUCCUUGCCUGGUUUAUGAAGCAGGGCUGAGGCCCCACGUUUCCAACUCUUGAUUGUCACUCGCAUCCUCACAAAGGAUAAACCACGGAGCAACUGGAAAACCAUCAGCCAAGCAUUCGGAUGAGUCUGGUUAUUGGUCCACCUCCGACCAGAUUCCCUUACACUUAACUCACUUCUUUCUUUGGCAAUGACCCUCAUGACAUGUAUAAAAGGGUAUGACUAAGAAGAGGCUGUGAUCUAACAUUUAUUUGCUGCUAUUUUUUACUCUGACUGGGGUGAGCUCUAGAUUUUAAUUCCAAAUGUUCUUCAGAAGCAGCCCCAGCUCAUCACUGGGAAAGAACUGCCCCUGCAAACCAGCUAAAUUUGAGAGUUUAAAUUCCCUGCCCCCAAAACUUCUCACAGAGCUGGGGAGUUGGUGGCAACUUUCCAAGUCAAGGUCUUGCUUAGAAAGUCCUUCACUGCAUGACCAGGUGCAGUGGCUCACGCCUGUAGUCCCAGGUACUUGGGAGCCUGAGGCAGGAGGAUCGCUUGAGCUCAGGAGUUCAAGGCUGCACAGAGCCACAAUCAUCCCACUGCAUUUGUUUAAAAAUAAAUUUUUAAAAUUUGUGUGUUUCAUCAGGAGUCUCCUGUAUAGCGUAUCUGUGUAUGUUUGUGUGUGUGUGUUUGUAUACAGCCUUGUCCAAUGUUUUUAGCAAUAAUAUAUGCACACACAGGUAUUUUGUUGCUAAAGAGAUUGGACAAGGUUGUAGCUGUGCUCAGGCUUCAGCUUGGUUUGUUAAAUUAAGAGAGAGAGAAACAAUGACAAGAGCUGCUGGCCAACCACACUAUUCAAAAAGCAAAGUGUCCACCACUAAAGCUGACCAUUCAUCUGGUUGCAGGCAAGGCUAAGGCUCUCUCUCCUCUAGUUCCUGGAAUAGACUCACAGGUUGGCAUGAAGCACUGAUCAGGGGCUGCACUCAGACUCCCUGGCCAUGCGAACCUACACCAGAAGAGUCAGUGUCACAGAUACGAUGCGGCCAAUCUCUGUCUCCAAAAACCUACCUGAAUUUAGUGAUACAAUUAGAAAGAUCUGGAAACUGAGGGCACCCAGCCUUUUAAAACACAAUGUAUUCACGUGUUUAGUGUAAACUGUCUGCAUGGAUUCUCGGUGUUAAUAAUAAAAGGAAGCACUCUUUUACAACUCCUGCUGUGUGCAAAAUAAAGUGCAAAGGAUUUGGGGUGGCAUUCUGAAGACCACCACACAUACCUUGGUUCUGAUGGCUGCUGGACUCCAACUUCUUCACUGAGACAUGAUCUUGGGAACAGCCUCCAGCUAUCUGCUCAUCAGAGGUGCUUUCUUUAACCUCCUGCACCACCUCCAAGAGAAACAGCCUAAAAAGAAACCCCAGCUGUUUACUUAUAUUGGGCCCGUAAAUCCCUGGAAGUAAACCCCGUGCAUUUUUGUCUACUGUCUGAGGACACACAAUAAAUCUGAGAAAGUC